UUUAAUUACUAUGCUUGUUUAAUUUAAUACUCCAAAUAUAUGUAAAAAUACAACAAAGCCGAAAGAGAGACGUUGGAUUAGAAAGGGCAUGGAGCAUGUGGGCUUCUUAUGUUCUCAUUCUCCAAAUGGUCCCCUUUUCUUAUUGAGAAUCGAGGAGGAUAUAGAUAUAUAGAGAUUGCAUUAAGGUGGUUGUUGUAAUAGAGAUUGCGUGAAUGGAAGAAGGCAACACAAGGAGUAGCAAGUUCAAGAGGGUGUGUGUGUUUUGUGGAAGCAACUCUGGCAACAGACAAGUCUUCAGCGAUGCUGCUAUUGAAUUGGGAGAUGAACUGGUGAAGCGGAAGAUAGAACUGGUCUAUGGUGGAGGAAGUGUUGGACUGAUGGGAUUGAUAUCCCAGAAAGUGUAUGAUGGGGGCUGCCAUGUUCUCGGGGUCAUUCCAAAAGCACUCAUGCCUCUUGAGAUAUCUGGUCAAACUGUUGGAGAAGUAAGAACUGUUGUGGACAUGCAUGAGCGUAAAGCUGUCAUGGCUAAAGAAUCAGAUGCUUUUAUUGCUCUUCCUGGAGGGUAUGGAACCAUGGAAGAGCUAUUAGAGAUGAUCACAUGGUCGCAACUUGGAAUUCAUAAGAAACCGGUUGGUUUGCUAAAUGUUGAUGGAUACUAUAACUGUUUGCUUGCAUUAUUUGACAAUGGUGUCGAACAAGGUUUCAUCAAGCCCGGUGCUCGGGACAUUGUUGUCUCUGCUCCAACAGCCAAAGAACUUAUGGAAAAGAUGGAGCUAUACACUCCUUCCCACAAACAGGUUGCGCCUCGUGAAAGCUGGAAUAUGGAGCAACUCGGAGACUAUCCUAAACAACAGAAUGCACAGUGAGGGUUUCGGUGGUAGGUCUUUAUCCCAAAUUAAUUCCUGAUGUAAUCCAUCGUAACUCUGAGCUGUGUAGAAGAUUCUUUCUGAAAUGGGACCACAUAAUUGUUGGGUACUAUGUACUUUUGUCGUUGUUUUAUGGUUUGAAGUCUAUUAGAAUCAUCCAUGCUGUUUCAGAACU